CAGAGAUUGCUGUUUCUCUUGCGUAGUAUAUCUUAGCUUCUUCUCCACCAUUCUCUUGCAAUAACCCAGAAGAAAAUAUACAACCAAAGUAGAGAAGAAGCAACUAGGAGAGAUGGGUGUUAGCUCUCUUCGGCAUUCUGCAUUAUUUUUCCUGUUUCUCUUCUUUAGUUCAGGUUCAAGUGUCCCAAAAAUCCUCCAUUGGAAGCAAUCCAACAAAGCAAAAGACAAGUGAUUCAUGAAAACCAUAUACUUUUCUCAUCUGCAGUGUCUACUACCCAGCCUGAUUCGAUUCCUGUCGUAAAUCCAAGUCCAACUGUAACAACUCCCACACUUGUCUUCCCAGCAUCCCCACCACCACCAACCACCAUGACAACCCCCACCACUCCCACCACAACCCCAACGACUCCCACUACAAUCCCGCCGACUCCCCCUAUCCCGCCGACUCCCACUACAACCCCGACGACUCCCACUACAACCCCGACAACUCCCUCCACAACCCCUGCAUCAUCAGGUGGUAGUGGUAGUUGGUGUAUAGCAAGCCAAUCAGCUUCAGAAACAGCCCUGCAGGUAGCUCUUGAUUAUGCUUGUGGCUAUGGAGGUGCAGACUGUUCACCAAUUCAACCAAGUGGAAGCUGUUAUAACCCAAACACUCUCCGGGAUCACGCUUCCUAUGCCUUCAAUAACUACUACCAGAAGAACCCAGCUCCAACCAGCUGUAGUUUUGGAGGAACAGCACAACUGACCACCACUGAUCCAAGUAGUGGUAGCUGUCGCUAUUCAUCAUCCACAGCAUCAACCAGCUCGAGUACACCACCUUACCAGACUCCACCAUCAACACCGACAAGUAUGACAACGCCACCAUCCCCGACCACCCCGCUUAUAGAUACUCCAGGUGGAUCAACAAUUUAUGGUUCGCCAUCAGAGUCCCCCAACGCAGCCAACUCUAUCUCAUCUUGCAUGCUUCUGCUGUCCACCACACUCUUGGGGUCACUUCUUGCAGCAAUUUACCUCUGAAAUGACAGGAAGUUCAGAUUAUUCUAUCUGCAAUUAGAUGGCAAUUCAUUCAUUUGCCAGCAACCCACAUAAAGUCCGAGGCACUGAGAAUUGAAGUGAGCUAUCAUGUUCUCUCAAGGCCUUCUUCUCACCAUUUAAAUUAUUGUCAAACUUCAUCUAUGUAUACCUCUUAGUUGACUAUUAAGCCUGAGAGAAAAGUCAGAAAGCAUAGAAAUUUUUUAGGUACUUGUACUUGUAGACAUAUAGGUCCUUCAUCUACAGUAUUAGCACAAUAAAUUAUUAGCUAAUCAACCAGGCUUUAGGCUAUUAUAUAUAUAUAUAU